UUUAUCGUGAACUUUUACCGUUGCAAGUGACUUGCUGAUUUAUCUAGCCGAUUGUCUAGACUUUUUUGUCACUGUUUUGUAUUAUGAGUCAGAAACAUUCCAUACAUAAAUGUGGAUCACUGAAAGCCACGUGCGUAUGUCUAUGAAUGUUAACAUCACUGUUGAAAUGUGCUAACAGGCGUGAAAAGAGAAUCAAUAGCGGCUCUCCCAGAGGCCAGUGUUCAUGCUUAAAAAUAAUUUUCGGAUGUUUCAAAAGAAGCAAACUGUGCCCUGUGAUGGCUCUCUCUUUGUGAUGCGGUUUUCCGCUGUAAGCCACCGUGUGUAGUGCUGUGUAAUUUUAUCCACGCUGCAACCUCAUGGUUCACACAAGACUGAUACCUUGCCUCCCCUUUUCCUUUGUAUCAAUUGGUCGGGGUUCGGGCUAUUGUUGCAGGAAGGCUCUUUUAUUUCUGUGCACACUGUCGAUAAGCGAAAUCUCACGAUAGGCUCCCUGUGAAACCGACUGGCUGUUUUCUCCUCCUCGGUCAGAUACAGUCUGCUUGGAGAGCAGAGUGGAACCCAUGAGCACCAACGAGGCGAACCCAUGUUGUUGCCACCAAGCCGGCUUUAACAGAUGACCGCGACAUAUUAAAGAGAGGACAGAGGGAUUAUUUUAAUGUUCAUUUGACUGGAUCACUGACAUAUGAUACUUCUUUGAUGGGACCCCGCGUGCCAGCUCUUUCCAUUCCAGCGAGAUUUUGCCCAUAUCCCGCCAUGCCACAAUGGUUAUAAUUCUGCUCUUGUUGUUACUGAGCUCCUUGGAUCCGAGUUUACAGGAAUCUCUGACUUCGAGGCUGACCAGGACCCCAAGGGCGCCCUGUGUCAGGGGCCAGGCGUGUGACCCAAGGCAGAGGCGAGAUGCUGGUGGACGCGGCGGGGUUUACGAGCACCUCGGGGGAGCUCCAAGACGCAGGAAACUUUACUGCGCCACAAAAUAUCAUUUGCAAAUUCACCCGAACGGAAAAAUAGACGGAUCUCUUGACGAAAACAAUCCUUUCAGUAUACUCGAGAUCACAGCUGUGGAUGUAGGUGUCGUGGCGAUCAAGGGCCUGUUUUCUGGAAGAUACCUGGCUAUGAAUGAGAAAGGACGUCUGUAUGCUUCAGAAGUCUUCAACCACGAGUGUGAGUUUCUGGAGCGCAUUCAUGAGCUAGGCUACAACACCUACGCAUCACGGCACCAUGCUACCACCCAGCCUCCCCCAACAGGGUCCGGGGCAGGGGGCGGCAAACGGCGUGCCAGUUCUAAGAGGCAGUGGUACGUGUCCAUCAACGGGAAGGGCCGGCCCAGGAGGGGAUUUAAGACACGGAGCACGGACAAAGCUUCCCUCUUCCUGCCCCGUGUUCUGGGCAACAAGGACCAUGAGAUGGUGCGCAAGCUCAGAGAGAGCCAGCGGCACCAGGCCGGCUCUCACAGAGCCUCUGUGGGUCGGGCAGAACGCAGAAGACGACGACACAGGGGCUCCAAGGGCCACAGCAGAAAGGCUGACAUUUAACACUCUCUUGACACAGAUGGAGAAAAGAUCCAAAGCCACUGAGAGUCCAACAGACCAAAGGAGACACAUGGAACAAUUUUCUUGGGAGAGGAUGAUUUUCAAAAAAAUAUAUAAAAAUAAUAAAAUAAAAAUAAAAACUUUUGGGGAAUUAUGUGUCAAGAAGGGCUGAGAAUGAAGAGAAACAUCCUUUUUCUUUCACGUUUAAAGCCCAGCAUCUGAAAAACAAUGACAGUCCAAAUAGUUUCAUGUGACCAAAUUAACACUACUGAAAGUUUUGUCUCUUGCUUUUUUUCAUGUUAACACUUUUUGAAGUCUUUUCUGGUAAAGAUGUGUAAUUAUUGUACAUAGCUGUACAGCCAUUUACUUUUUUAUGUGAGCAAGAUAACAUAGAGUAAAUGUUUGUAAUGGUAAAUUAGGAUGUUGUACAAGUGCUUGACAAUGCCGAUGAUGUGUUAUGUAUUGGACUACGGCUUUAUAGGUGGUGUACAGACAAGCACUUUUUCCUUAUUGAAAUAUAAAGUACUAAACAAAGAUCCAUAUACAUAAAACAGAUGCUUUUAACUUACAUGUGAUAGGCUACUGUUCUUAAACUGCAAUCAGGAGUACUUUGUAUAUUACUAAUGAAAUACGUAUUUAUUUUGUUUAUAUGUUUCUAAGUUAUUGAUGACAUAGUGUCUACACUUCCAAAUAUCAAAGGUUUUCUUCAGAAGAGAUUAAUAGUUACCAUUGUUAGAAUAACACUGUUAUCUUUGAACAGUUGAACAAUCCCAUAAGAGUAGACUCUUCAGUUUCCUAUUUCUUAAUACAAAUUUGAAUCUAAAUAUAUGUAAUGACAUCAGCUCUAAAGCAUGGUUUUGAUAAAUGGCAUAUGUAUUGAACACUGUAAACUGAGUAAUGCAUUAAAACGGCAUCGUUUGACACUGAAAGCUAAACAUCUGGAGGAA